UAUAAAGCUAUAUAUAUAAAUUCCAGAUCUCUGUUAUCUAGCUGUAUUUUUUAUGCAAUAGUUUAUAUUGCAGUAUAUUAGUAACAAACAGCUGAAAACAGAACCUCUUUCAAACAUAUUGCACCAGCUCCUGAUUAUAUGGCUGACUAUAUCAAUUUCGCCGUCACAGGCCUUCUGCAUACAUUUCUAGCUUCAUUGAUUGGCAUUCUUGUUCUGUUUAUACUACGGAAACAUCGUAGGAAUACGAGGGCUUAUGAGAAACUGAUGCCACCAGGGGAGAUGGGGAUCCCCUGGAUCGGCGAGACCCUGGAUUUCUACAGAGCCCUGCAGAAGAACAGGCUUUUCGAGGACUUCAUUGCUCCAAGGAUCAAAGCUCACGGAAUGACCUUCAAGACGAGGUUGAUGGGGAGUCCGACUGUCAUAGUAAACGGCGCUGAAGCUAACAGAUUUUUCCUGUCGAACGAGUUUAAGCUCGUUGUCAGUUCUUGGCCUGCAUCAUCAGUUCAGCUGAUGGGAAAGAACUCUAUCAUGGAGAAGUCAGGAGAACAACACCGUGUUGUUCGAUCGAUUUUGACUAGCUGUCUAAGUAACAAGGGACUAGAAGGUUUGGUUCCUAAGAUUUGUAAAGUUGUCAAGGCGCAUUUGGUUAAGAAUUGGGGUGAUAAACCCCAAGAAGAAAGGAUCAUCUCAUUAUACAAAACCACGAAAUUUUUGUCCUUCAGAAUAAUGUGUGAGUGUCAGUUGGAGAUGGAAGCGGAGGAGGAGCUUUUCGAGUGCUUUGAGAAGGUCCUAGAAGGGAUUUUCUCACCCCUUGUGAAUCUUCCAGGAACGAGUUUUUGGAGAGCGAAGAGAGCAAGGGCUGAAAUCGAGAAGAUAUUGGUUAAAUUAGUGAGGCAAAAAAGGAAAGUCAUAGAAGAAGAACAACCAGCAGGAGCUGCUGCAGCUGAAGAAACACGAACGUUGCUGUCGAGACUAGUGAGUGCCAUGAUUCGAGGCGAGAUCACAGAGGUUGAAGUUGUUGAUAACAUAGUUCUGCUCAUCUUUGCUGCUCAUGAUACUUCCUCUUUUGCAAUUGCUAUGACUUUCAAGAUGUUGGCUCAACACCAAAGUUGCUAUUCCUCAUUGCUUCAAGAGCAUUCUAAUAUUAGCACCAACAAAACAAAGGAAGGUGAAGAUUUGACAAUGGAGGAUGUUAUGAAGAUGAAUUAUACAUGGCAAGUAGCCCGUGAAAGUGUACGCCUUUUCCCUCCAAUUUUCGGGUCUUUCAGAAGAGCCACUUCGGAUAUAGAGUUCGAUGGAUUCACAAUUCCUCAAGGAUGGAAGGUAUUAUGGACAGCUUACGGGACGCAUUUCAGUGAAGAUUAUUUUAAAGAUCCCAUGAGAUUUGAUCCAAAUAGAUUCGAAGAGCCCAUAUCACCUUAUAUAUUUGUUGCAUUUGGAGGAGGUCCAAGGGUGUGUGCGGGCUACCAAUUGGCUAAGAUGAAUAUUCUCAUCUUCGUGCAUUUGGCUGUGACUAACUAUAAUUGGUCUUUGGUUCAACCACAUGAACCUAUUGUUAUGGAUCCGCUCCCGCUCCCUUCUCAAGGAAUGCCCUUGCGAGUUUCUCCUAAAGUACAGUAGAAUAUACAUAUACGAAUUACUUCUUAUUUAUUUAUUUUCUCGAGGUGGGUACAAAUUCGUACAUAUACCCGGAUGCAUCGAGAUAUAUGUGCACCCUUAGAAGGGGGUGUAAAAUGGGCAUGUCCAUAUGAUACCAAUACCUUGUAAACACAAUUAUUUGAUUAAUUAAUGUAAUUAGAUAAUUAAUUCACAAAGACGUGUUUGUUGCAUUC